AAAUUAAGUGUAUUAGCACUGAGUUUCAGGCACUGCUGUAGCCCUGUGUGAAAAUAUCAUUUUGUAAAAAUAUUUAUAAUAAAUUGCAUCUUAUUGCACUCUCCACAUUUUAUCCAGUGCCCUAAUGGCUGCAGUUCUCAGUUUGGUUCUCUUUACUCGACGUUGAGAAUGAUGUGUGUAUUUUAGUGACGCUCCCUAAAGUCUGUUCCCUUAAAUCAGCGGUGAAUGACUUACCUCACCUUCGCUCCAGUGUCUACAACCUCGCGCAAUGUUCUGUCAUAUAUGAAGCUAAUCUACAUUAAAACUGGUGUUCUUUCACACCGUGAGCCAGUGCCAAUGAAAGUUCACAAGCAGUGACCAUGAAGGUGCAUAAAGUCUCCACUCGCUCCAAACAUGAGCAUCGAAAUGCCACGAAACGCCACACGAAAAACAAAUGGCGCACCCACGGGAAGAAAAUCCGCCAUGUGGAUCCCUCCGGCCACAGUCCGAAGCCUUCAACAGCAAAGUUUGAGAAUGAGCUUGUUAACAGACAGAAGCCCAAAGUGAAGCGGUUACAGAAGGCUUACGUCAAGGCUGCCACUGUAACAUCUGAAGACGGACGUUUAUCACAGGCUAAAGGCAAGGCCGUGUCUGCACCCUUCCCUCACGUCCACACCAACGGCGGCACCGAGCUGGAGACGGGCAGUGACUCGGAGGACUCCCAGGACUGGAGGUCUUACGCCAAGAGCGUUCUUCAGAACGGUUCGGAGAAAGAAGCAGGUGAAGGGAACUCGGUUGCAAAUCAGUUAGAGGAAGAGGAGGUGUUCGAAUACCACGCCCAGUAUGACCGCUCCCAGAACCACACAGUGUUAGUCCUGAAGCAAGGCCAGUCGCUGUGUUUUCGAGGGAAGUGCCUGCUCACGUGCCUGAGCGGUCGCGUGGAAGUGCUGGGCUUCACCAUAGAGCAGGGCCAGCAGCCUUAUCCGCUCUUCUCACCGUCGUCCCACUGUCCCCUCACCAUCAGGGCCAUGGCCGACUGCACAGCUUCAGCCAAGAGCAGGAAGGAAAGCCGACUGGAGGCCAAGGCCAUCGUCCGCAAGUACCUCUUGUCAGAGCCUCGGAAGAGACUGCUGAGUGAGGUGGACGCAGACUCGUGCGUGGUGCUGCUUCAGCCACUGGACACGUCACUCACACGCUUCUUCGGCAGCUUCAGUGAACUCAGCCAUCUCUUUGGCCUCAGCUCGAAGGAGCUGCACUCUCAGGCUGCUGUGUAUAACCCAGCUCUCUCAGCCGUGGGUGUUACAGCGCUAAAAGGUUCCUGUGCACGCGGUCUGGUGGCAUCCGACAGCUAUAAAGAGGCUCUCAGCAGCCUGCUCAGUGCAUGGGAAGGGGAUUUUGAUCGCUGUCCCAUUAUUCUCGUGUGUGGGGCCAAAAACUCUGGCAAGUCGACCUUCAACAGACAUCUCAUCAACAGCCUGCUUAACCACACUGCAAGCGUGGAGUAUUUGGAGUGUGAUCUUGGCCAGACUGAGUUCACACCUCCCGGGUGUCUCUCCUUAAUCACAGUGACUGAGCCACUGCUAGGCCCUCCGUUUACACACCAGCGAGAGCCAGAGCACAUGGUGUUUUAUGGACAGGCAGACUGCCAAUCUGAUCUAGACCGCUACCUGGACUCACUCAAAUCCCUGUGGAGACAGUACAGCGGAGAGAACCCAGUGAUCAUUAACACCAUGGGAUGGGUCAAAGGUCAUGGCUUCCAGGUGCUGGUGGACCUCAUCCGCUUCUUCUCCGUCACCCAUGUGGUGCAGCUGAGCUACGGCGCCACACCACAGUGCCAUACUCUCACCCCCGACUUCCUGCGCUCUGCCCACGGCUGGCACACGCAUCCCCCGGCACAGUCGGCCCUGGCAGAGGAACCGGCCAAUCAGCUCACAGCGCGGGGUCACCUGCUCCUCAGCGUCCACUCGGAGUUUGAAGGAGCCGGGACCUCCGGGGAAAUGCGUCACCAGCGCAGUAACGAGCUGCGUGACCUGGCAUUGCUGGGUUACUUCAGCCAGCUACAGUCUGCAGAACCCGGCCCCAUCCGCCCCCUGCACUGCUUCACCCCCUACCAGGUGCCCCACUCAGCUAUAGCUCUUGGAGUCACACACUGCGAUGUGGCUCCCAACCACAUCCUGUAUGCCGCUAAUGCCAGUUUAGUAGCUCUGUGCUGUCUGAGUGAAAAAGUGGCAGGAAGAGGUGGACCUGUGCUGCUGUCUCAAACGCCCAUCUGUCAGUGCGUGGGCUUAGGUGUCCUCAGAGGGGUGGACAUGGCUCGUGGGCUCUACUUUCUAGUCACCCCAGUGCCUCCUGUGACCCUGAGGCAGGUCAACUGCCUGCUACUAGGGGAGAUCACACUGCCUAAAAUCCUCCUCACUGUCCAGCAUGGUUUUGAAACGGAGCUCCCUUAUGUCACCACAGAUUACAGCUUUGAGAUCACCGGCGCAGGAAAAGUCCACGUUUUCAAAGGGCUCACAAGAUCCUGUUUCGUCAAAUCUAAAACGAAUAACUAAACUCUUGUGUAUGGACUUCUCUUUCAGCGAAUGAUGUUUGUAUCACUGUAAUUGUUUUAUAUACCAAAUAAAGAGGCUACAGCUGCCACCGAAUGUACAGAACGACAGACAUUUUGCUUCUUGGAUCAGUAUACCAUCUAAAGACCUGGUGCAUGAUGGGAACGGUAGUUUUUAGAGUCCUAAGCCUGCGCCUUGCCAUAUGGAACACGGUUACGAUAAAACAUUGUUGCCUGACAUAUUUGUGUUUUCUCUUCUGUUUUAUAUUUCCACAUAUUUCCUAGUAUCACUAGUAAUAGGUUUGCUUGCAUACUGUUCAUUUGUCAGUUUGUUUCAGGUAACAUUCCCGGACUGUACAGACUGUAAGAUAUUAAAAUGGGUUUCACUUUUUUUUUGUCAA